GGUAUAUUACCCUCUAUCCCCGACUGACUGGGAUAAUGAUGGUUUUCUUUCUCUUUUUUGGACCCGCACAACCUCGUUCAACCGCUGCAGUAUGGACUCGUUCGUCUAUCGUAACACCCCCUCGCCCAAGGUCAUCUUCGGACGCGGCACCCUCUCGAGCCUUGCAAAUGAGAUACGCAACCUAUCAGCUCCUAGCGGCUGUAAAAAGCCUCUGCUCGUGUCAUCACCUGGCCGUGUUUCUCUAGCCCGGCAAAUCCGAAAGAGGUUAGGGGAGGAUGGGAUUUCCGAGGUCGAGCUGCUCAGUACUGCCGCCGUGCAUAAUCCUAGCUCCGUCAUAAAUGAUGCUCUGCCACUGACAGCCGAUCGGGACUGUAUCGUAUCGCUGGGUGGCGGCAGUGCCGUGGGACUAGGGAAAGCGCUCGCUGUGAGGACGGAACUGCCCCAUGUAGUUGUUCCGACGACCUACUCGGGCUCUGAAAUGACGCCGAUCCUUGGGGAGAAGGGCGCUGAUGGAAAGAAAGUUUCGGUGACCGACCCCAAAAUCCUGCCAACAGUCGUUAUUUACGACGUGGAUUUAACAUUGGAUCUGCCCCUCGAUGUAUCGUUCCCAAGCGGCAUCAAUGCCCUUGCCCACUCAAUCGAGGCUUUGUAUGCCCAGCACAGCAACCCAGUAACGUCGGUCCUUGCCUUGGAAUCUAUCAGGUGUCUCGGGGCUGCUCUUGGUAGCCUGGAUGGGAACUCGAGCUCGGUCGAGGUUCGGACAGCCCUCUUGCGCGGUGCUUUCCUCGCAGGAUACGCCGUGGCCUCCACCGGGAUAGCUCUGCAGCACAAGCUGGCCCAUGCCGUGGCUGGGACGGCAGGGCUUCCCCAUGCCGAGACACACGCAGUACUGCUGCCUCAUACUCUGGCCUAUAACUUGCCCUCUAUACCCAAGCAAACCAUAGCUAGCUUGAUAGAGGCCAUCUCGCAGACGAAGCUUGCUGGGUCUGCCACUGGUCUGGGAGGGCCUGUCGUUCUGAUCAACGACAUAAUCAGUCGAACAGGCAUUCCAAGAUCCCUCAAGGACCUAGGAAUGGCGGAAACCGACAUCGAAAGAGUCACUGAUGUUGCCAUGGAAAAGCCGUAUUGGAACCCCCGUUCGGUGAAAAGGGAAGAUAUCCGGGCGCUUAUAACCCGUGCUUGGAAUGGAGAAACGGCCAGAACUGACCUGUAAGGAAUUAAACGUGCUGCUAAGGGGCUAGCCCCUAAGGGCUGGAGCCGGUGGCUGUAGGGGUCUUGCGCUGGUAACGUACUCUGGUAAUAGUUUCAGGGCUCAUCCCUAAAGCCCAGAGCUCCAUAAUUGAACGUUCCUAUGGUAGUCUCAGGGCUCAUCCCUGAAGCCCGU